UUUAGCACUCGUGAGUUUCUGCUUUCGAAAGCGAUCCGGCACAGGUCGCGGACGUGCCCAUGGUGCGUCUCUGUUCUGGCAGGCUCCCCGCCCUCCCCAUCCAACUUCUACCCGACGGCGCCGACGAACUCGUCGUUUGCAUCCGUGUCAAUGUAGAAAGUCUGUCGACGUCAGGAUGCUUGUGAUUUUGCUAAGCGGAGAGCAUCGCCUUCAGGUAACCAAAAGCAGCUCGCAUGUCGUUAGUAAUCACCAGAGGCCUGGGGUCAUCACACUUGGAGGAACGAACACCCGUGCGCAGCGCAUUGGUGAGGGGCGCAGCGAUUUUGACAUAUUUCGCCAAGAACUUUCUAUAAUAUCCUGAUGCACCCAAGAAAGAGCGCAAUUGCUUGAUCGUCGCCAGCAUCGCCCAGUUAAGUUAGCGAUUGUCUCGCCUUUGGCGGAAUCUGUUUUGAUGCUCUCAGGUUUCAGGAUCAUCCCAUGGAAGCGAAGUUGUUGGCGUAUAACUUUGACCAUUCUUCGGGAGACUUUCAGCCCGUGCUUUUGGAGAGCGGCCACAAUAGCCGAGACGUGCUCGGGUUCCUCACCCGCCUUCGAAAACACCACAAUGCUAUCGAGAUACACCAGGGAAGUGGCGUUGACCAUUGCUCCCAAGAUGCUAUUCACCAUCCGCUGGAAGGUGGGCGGCGAGUUGAUCUACCCCAUGGGUAUCACAGCGCAUUGCUACAAGCCAUAGCGGAUGAUGAAAGAAGUCUUAGCCCUGCAUUCUGCUCGCAGCCGCACCUGCCAAAAGCCAUUGGUGAUGUACAACGUCGUAAAGAACCUCGCACCAUGCAGCAUGGCGUAGCAAUCAUCGAUUUGUACCGUAGGGUACGAGUCUUUGACUGUUACGCCACUGAAUCGACGAUGGUCAAUACAUAUAUCGAGCCUCUGCGUGUCAGGCUUGGGCACGAGCAGCAGCGGACCGGCCCACGUCGAAGGACCAGCUGGUACGAUCCAUCCUUUUUGUGUAUACCCAUCGAUGAAUUGUCGAAUGGAUUCAUGCUCCCGUGGCGAUCUUGGACGUCACGCUGGCGAAGGUUUUGCUUACUGAUGUCCUCAAUGGAGUGAUCCCAGGUUCGGGUCGGAGGGGUAACCGGCUCGGCAAAGCUACAGAGAAACUGGCGGUGAAAGUAAGAGCGCUGUCUUGCGUCAUCAUCGACGGCACUGACGAAGACAGCGGCGGUGGC